AUGGACAUCUGGAACCACACCUCCCUAUCAGACUUCAUCCUCUUGGGCCUGUUCAGCCACUCACCUUCUGACUUCCUCCUCUUUUCCCUUGUCCUUCUGGCCUCUGCUGCCGCCCUGGCCAGCAACAUCUUCUUCCUCCUGCUCAUCCAGGCCGACAAGCGCCUGCACACCCCAAUGUACUUUUUUCUCAGCCAGCUGUCCCUCAUGGACCUGACCAUGACGGGCACGGUGGUGCCCAAGAUGGCAGCCAACUUCCUGUCGGGCAGGAGGUUCAUCUCUUGGGGCGGCUGCGCGGCUCAGGUCUUCUUAGUGGUCAUGGUAGGAGGAGCUGAGUGCUUCCUCCUGGCGGCCAUGGCCUAUGACAGGUACGUGGCUGUGUGCCACCCCCUGCGGUACCCUGUGCUCAUGAACUGGAAGGCCUGCUCUCUCCUGGCCUUGGCAUCCUGGCUGGGUGGAGUGGCCGACAGCAUGGUCGACGUGGGCAUGGUCUUCAGCUUCCCCUACUGCGGCUCCCUCCACGUGGACCACUUCUUCUGCGAGGUCCCCGCCCUGCUGCGGCUCUCCUGUGCCGACACCUCGCUCUUCGAGGACCUCGUCUAUGCUUGCUGUGUGGUCAUGCUGCUGCUUCCCCUGGGGGUCAUUGUGGCUUCCUAUGCCCGGGUCCUCACGGCUGUGAUUAGAAUGCCCUCCACUGAGGGGAAACAGAAGGCACUGACCACUUGCUCCUCCCAUCUGGCUGUGGUGAGUCUUUACUAUGGGGGAGCCAUUUUUAGCUACAUGCAGAGAGCCUCUGCUAGGACACCGGUGGGAGACCGAAUCACCUCCAUCUUCUACACCAUCCUCACCCCAAUGCUCAACCCAGUCAUUUACAGUCUGAGGAACAGGGAGGUGGGGAGGGCCCUGAAGAAGGUGUUGGGGAGAUGGGGAGUGUAG